AUGGACACUCUCAAUAUGCUGAGUGCUCAAAUGAGUAAUGUGAUGAAGUUGCUAAGUAGACAAGGUGGAGUUGGUCCAAGUUCAUCUAAUGCACAUGUAGCGUGUUGUUUUAUAUGUGGAGGUGAACAUGAUACUAAUGAGUGUGUUGAUUCUAAGCAGGUACAAUUCGUCAAUAAUUACAAUCGUAAUGCUCAAAAUAACCCCUACUCGAAUACUUACAAUCUGGGGUGGAGAAAUCAUCCAAACUUUGGAUGGAAGGACCAAGGAAAUCAACCAAGGCCAGCCAAUCCACCGGGAUUUCAAUCAAGGCAACAACAAACUGAAACCAAACCUGGUUGGGAGAUCGCUGUGGAAAAGCUUGCUAAGGUUACUUCGGAUAGAUUUGAGCGAGUUGAGGGGCGGCUGGACCAAUUGGUUGGGAUGUAUAGAAAUUUGGAGGUUCAAAUUGGUCAAAUUGACAAUGUGAUCAACAACAGAAACCCUAGUGAAUUGCUGAGUAAAACGGAAGUGAAUCCGAGAGAGCAUGUCAAUGCUAUCACUCUUAGAAGUGGUAAAAUGGUUGAGGGACCUAACUCUAGUAAUUCAAGUGGUGAAAAAGAUAAGGAGCAAGCAUAUGGAGGAGUAAAACCAAGCCAAAAUGAUAAUGUAGUCAUUAAUAUUGAUGAUCCUCCUCAAUUAAAUUCUAAUAUUCCCUCUUAUGCACGUUUCUUGAAAGAUAUCAUGUCAAGAAAGAGGAAAAUUGUAGAUAAUGAGAUGAUAGCAUUAACGGAAGAGUGUGCAAGUGUGUCACUUAUGCCAUUAUCGAUUACCCGGAGGUUGGGACUUCAAGAGUUGAAAGCUACCAAUAUCACAUUGCAGUUGGCGGAUCGGUCAAUCACACAUCCAAUUGGUAUUUUGGAAAAUGUGCUCAUAAGGGUAAAACAAUCUAUAAUAUCAGUGGAUUUUGUUGUCUUAGAUAUUGAGGAAGAUGUGAGAAUGCCAAUUAUUCUAGGACAACCGUUUUUAGCCACCGCACGAACUAUAAUUGAUGUGGAAAAAGGUACUAUGGCUCGUACAAGGAGGGCUCGUAUUCGUACUCCUACGCCAUCGUCAAGUGAAGAACAUACACCUUCUUUGCAUGAGGAGUCGCCUGAGGAAGAAUCUCCUUCACCUGAGCCACCACCUCGGUCUCGCCGGAAGACCGCAUCCACUAGCCGCGACGAGCCUCUUCCAGAUUAUGACACCACUAGAUUCACGUCACUCGAGAAUCAACAGUGA